UAGAAUCCAAAGCAAGACGCAUCGAUCGACCCCAAUUUCAACAAGUAAAUUGGUGUCCUAGAAAAAAGAGGCAAAUCUAGUUGGGACUGAAGUUGAAAUGGCAGUUUUGCAAGCAUUCCUGGUAGCUCUAUGCAUCACCGUGUUCCAUCAAAAUGUAGCUGAUGCAACUGCUGCAAAGAGCAUGUACCUCACCUGGGGUACCCAACACGCUGCGAUUCAAGGCGAGAAUCUUAACCUCGUGCUUGAUCAAACUUCAGGGUCUGCUGCUAUGUCAAAGAGAAAUUUCUUAUUCGGAAGCAUCGAGAUGCUGAUAAAGUUGGUACCUGGGAAUUCCGCCGGGACAGUAACAGCCUACUAUCUAUCGUCAACAGGAACCAAACACGAUGAGAUAGAUUUUGAAUUCCUAGGGAACGUUUCUGGACAACCUUACAUUGUCCACACAAACAUUUAUACACAAGGAAAUGGAAGCAAAGAGCAGCAAUUUUACCUCUGGUUUGACCCGACCGCUGAUUUCCACAACUACACCAUACAUUGGAACCCUACUGAAGUUGUGUGGUAUGUCGAUAGUUUGCCCAUUCGUGUUUUCCGAAACUACGAGAACCAGGGGAUUGCUUACCCCAAUAAGCAAGGGAUGAGGGUUUACUCCAGCUUAUGGAAUGCUGAUAACUGGGCAACUAGAGGUGGGCUAGAGAAGAUAAAUUGGACCGGUGCGCCCUUCACAGCCGGAUUCAAACACUUCAGGGCAAGAGCCUGCAAGUGGAAUGGAGCUGCCAGCAUUAGUGUAUGUGCCGCCACUUCCCGGGCUAACUGGUGGACUUCCCCUAUAUACAGCCAGCUGAGCAACAGUAAGCUCGGCCAGCUGCAAUGGGUCAGGAAUAACUACAUGAUCUAUGACUACUGCAAAGACAAUAAACGAUUCAAUGGAAACAUGCCACCUGAAUGUUCUAAACAACAAUUCUGAUUUGAGGCUAGGCAAUCAAGCUACAGAAAGAAACCCGAAUCCGGUUUCAACCAGACGACUGAUUCUGCAGCCUUAAUUGGCUUUCCUCUUCCAGUUCACAAAUGACAAAUAAAAUUUCCUCGCGGUUUUUAUCUGUUUCGAUUUUUCAAUUAUGUUGUAUUCUGCUGUUUUGUAUCAUUCUUUUACUUGUAUUCCAGUUACAUGGAUCUAUAAAGUUACAAACUUUCAGAGAAAAAAAAGUAUCAAUUAAACGACAAAGUUCCUGUUGAUUUUC